AUGGCCGAUGCUAGACGUUUACCAGUAUUAAAUUUGAUUGCACCUAUUCUUGCUAAAAAUAAGCCGUAUACAGGCCAAGAACCUUCUGAUAAUUAUUUGGAUAGGCUUAUUCAAUCAAUAUCAUUUGCGCAAAGACAUAUGACUGUUCUUGAAAAUGCAAAUGCCGGAGAUUUUGAUGAUGCUGUCAAGUAUGAUAUUUAUAAAGCUCCGUCAGAUGGGAGGAAAAUAUUUACCAGUGUAGCGGAUGGUGAUGUCCAAACUGUAAGAUUUCUUAAGAAUCACUUGUUAGGUAAUCUUUAUACAUGGAUGCGAGCUGUUGCUCCUGCCGGUAUUGAUGCAUUCUUUACACAACUUAAAGAUAUGUGGUUGGAGCGUGCUCCCAAUCUAAAUGGAGGUCAAAAUUAUCAGAGUAAUUCUUCAACUGAGAUUGAUAAGUUAAAUUCCAAAAUAGCCUCCCUUGAAGCACAGUUAGUUCAACUGAUUCAGGCACAACCCCAAAAUAAUGAUGCCUUAGAAAAGAUGUAUAUACGCGCAGUGCGGUUAGGAAUGCCAGUUGAUGCACCAAAAGAUCUUACAUCCUUAGAUAAUUAUAUUAAUGAUGAAUUAAUAAGGAGAUUGGGCGUUGCUAAUACCAAUUACACCAAGCUUUCCAAAAAAUACUCUCAAAUGGUUAAUGUGGUCAAAAAGUUAGCCAAGCAUAAAUGCUCUAAUUGUGGUAAAGCUGGCCACAAUUCUCGUAAAUGUCUCAGAAAAAAGAAGAGUAAGUCUAAAAAAGGUAAAGUAAAUCUUGCCACUUUAGAUUUAGGUUCAGAUUCGAACACUAACUCUGAUAAGUCGUCUGAUGACUCUUCUAAUUCUAGUUUGAGUUCUUCAUCUGAAUUCGAGUCUGAAGCUGAUAUUAAUAAAUCAAAGAGCCACCUUACGGCCAAGUCUCAAGAGGUAACAGAUAUAGAGACAGCUCCUUUGGUCUCAGCUCCUUUCUCUAAAAAGAAAAAGCGAAAAAUCGAUUUUGUUCAGAAAAAGGAUCCUGCCACUGAUGUUGUUACUACUAAGUGUAAAAUCAAGCAUCUGAUCAUUCCGGUUGCUGUGGUUGAUUCUGGUGCUAAUUUUGCAAUUAUGACAGAUGAUAUCUCUAAACGAUCAAAGCUAGAAAUUGAUACAAAAGAAAAACAUGAUCUCAGAGUUAAAUACCCUAAGCCGAUACUAAUCUUACCCAACACACUUCUUGAUAAAUAUAAUUAUGAUUUACUUGCAUCAAAGCAGGAAUUGAGACUAAAGUGUAAUGGUAAGGAAUUUUUUAUCCCAAGUAAUAUGCAUAAGGUCAAAAAUAAGCUUGAGGUGAAUUGUGCGAUCACUACUUCCAAAUGUGAUGAAUCCUCGACCCCGAACUGUAUUUCGCAGGAUUUAAGUGAGGAUUAUGAUGUAUUAAAAAAAAAGUGA